AAGAACGGCAUGAUGGGGCCCCAUUCUUGUGGCAAAUAGCUUUGCCCAGGUAGUGUGAGCCCAUCGAUGUCUGCAAGCACUACAAGCUAUUUGCCGGAAGGUUUCGAGGCAGCAACCUCCGCGCUGGAAAGGUCCAAUAUUUUUCGACGUCGAGGGAAUGAGUUGUACAGCAAGGCCCGCGACCUCGCAAAGGAUGUAGACCCGUACAAGGAUUUGAAAGGAGUGCAAGAGUCGAUGAAGCUCUACCAAGCGGCCAUGGUGGAGUAUGGGAAGGCCUUGCAUUUCUUGCCCAAUGACCACCGGCUGUAUGCCAACCGAGGGCUUUGCUACAAGGCUGUGGAGGAUUGGUUGAAGUGCAAGGAGGACGCCCAGCAAUGCAUCAAGCUGCAGAAAAACUACGUGAAGGGCUGGUUGCUGCUGGUCAAAUCUAUUUGGGAGCUUGGCAAACAUGCUGAUGCGCUGCAGGAGUCGCAGAAUGGUCUGAAGGCCAUCCCUGGCUCCCGGGAUCUGCUGGAUCUGCAGGCGGCGUUGACAUCGGGCUGCCAAGCAAGGUCAGCUGGGCGGAGUGUGUCACCUGCAUGCACUCCCGGAAACACGCCUAGUGUUUCGCGCUCCAACACUCCACCGCGACACGGGACGCCGCCGCCACCACCGCCACCUGGCGGCCAUGCCGUGGGACAUGCUGCAACGCUGCCAGCUAUCGAUAGCUCUGGGAGAUCCCCUGGGAACUCUCGAACAUCCUCCAGAUCCCCUGGACCCGGUGGGAGGUUGCCAUGUCCACCUUCACGCGUUGGUGCAGUUCCAAAUUUGGAGGGUAGCCUAACUCUGGGUGGUGGCACAGGCAACUUUGGUGUGCCCACGCCAUCCUUUGCACAUGGCUCACCAGCUCUGGCAGCUGAGGACACCCUCGGAUCCCGUGCGCCAGGAGGCCCUGCUCUGGGAGCUUCGGGCACCUUUGGUGCUUCCACCACUUUUGGGCCGCGGGUUGGCCCUGGUCCAGUGCUGGAUGGGCCGAAGGACCGGAGUGUGAGCCCAGGUCCCCAAGCAGGUGCGGAUGGUGGUGCCUGCAAAAGAUCACUGAAGAGCUUGUCUGAAUCAGGUCGCCGGUGACACGGUCGAGCGGCAGUGCCGGGCAAGUUGUGAUGAAGCGAGACUUCUCACGUGUUUCGAAAGUGUAUCGCAGUGAGAAAAUGAAGUAGAUCGAGUUCAGAAUUAGCACCCCAGGUCCCAUGAUGGGCCUAAUAGGCGUGAAAGAUCGGCACGUCUCUGUGCAAUCAACGUGCCAUAUUGCGGCCGCUGGGUACUACUAUAUAGACAUGUUGUACACGGUUGUGCAUUCUGUACCUUUUAAGAUGGCCUGGUCCACAGCAAAGCUGUGACGCAAGCUACGCAACCCAUCAUGUCAAAA